UUUUACAGGGAAUGCCGGGGAGCGUGGAAGCCAUUCCAGCCUGUCAGUCCUCCGAGUAACCCCAAAAGUGCAGCUCCUGCCUGGAGUGAGGCUCCCCGGGGAACCUCCCCUGCCCUGGUUUACAGCCCACUGCUCGGGAAGGGCAGCGAGGGCUGGAUCGCUCCCCGUCACUGCCGUGCGGGUCCCACCCCGCUCCAGGGCGGGGACUUCGCCACCCGGGGCAGCCCCAGAGCUCUCCCCAUCCGCGCCGGGGCACGGGCUGGGACGGCGGCUGUCUGAGUGCCUGGGACACGGACAAUACCAGAUUGACCAGACCCCAGCAGGAUGAAUGAUGGUCCUUGGCUGCUCUUGGAGAAUUCAGGAAUAGGGCUUUGAUGGGAACAUUUCUUCUAUGAUUUACAUGGAAAACUGCUGGGAAGAAGCUGGAUGAACAGAGGUGUUAGGCUGUGUGCCAUUCUUUGACUGGAAACCAGAUACUCCAGGGGCAUCCACAUUAAGAUAUUUUCUCCUUUCUGUGUCCCUGUGGCUUAUUUCUUAUGUGGCUGGGAUAUCCCUCUAGAAUAAACCAUUUCUGUUUAGGAUGGAACACUGGUAUAAAAUCACUCAUGUUUGGCAACAAUCAAGGGAGUCUCGAGCUUCAGUGCUGAGCAAGAGGCACAGGCACUAAGGAAGGCCAUGAAGGGGCUUGGCACAGAUGAAGAUGCCAUCAUUGAGACCUUGACCAAACUGAACGUUUCCCAACGCCAGCAAGUUCUGAUCACCUAUAAAAGCACUAUUGGCAGGGAUUUGAUUAAUGACUUGAAGUCUGAGCUGAGUGGGAAUUUUGAAAAGGUGAUUGUUGGUUUGAUGACUCCAGCCAUCAUGUACGACGUGCAUGAGCUGAGGAGGGCUCUAAAGGGAGCAGGAACAGAUGAAGGCUGCCUGAUUGAAAUCCUGGCUUCUCGCACAAACGGGGAGAUUCGGCACAUCAACGAGAACUACAAACUCCAGUACGGCUCCAGCCUGGAGGACGACAUCGUGUCCGACACAUCCUCCAUGUUCCGCAGGGUCCUCGUGUCCCUCGCCACGGGUAACAGAGAUGAGGGAACAUUUGUGGAUGAGGCCCUUGCUCAACAGGAUGCUCAGUCCCUGUAUGAAGCUGGGGAGAAGAGAUGGGGAACAGAUGAGGUGCAGUUCAUGUCCAUCCUCUGCACACGGAACAGGUGCCACCUGCUGAGAGUUUUUGAUGUGUACAGAGGGAUUGCUAAUAAGGACAUCACAGAGAGCAUCAAAUCCGAGAUGUCAGGAGACCUCGAGGAUGCUUUGUUAGCUGUGGUGAAGUGCAUGCGGAAUAAACCUGCGUAUUUUGCUGAAAGAUUGUACAAAUCCAUGAAGGGCCUGGGCACAGAUGACAGCACACUGAUCCGGGUGAUGGUGUCCCGCGCCGAGGUGGACAUGCUCUACAUCCGCAGGGAGUUCCUGGCCAUGUAUGGGAAAUCCCUCCACUCCUUCAUCAAGGGAGAUUGCUCAGGAGACUACAGGAAAGUUCUGCUCAGACUCUGUGGUGGGGAGGAUUAAAGGAGGCCUAGGGGACUGUCUGGGUGAGGGGAAGCAGCUGAUCAUAGAAUUGUUUAGGUUGGAAAAGAUCUUUAAGGUCAUCCAGCCCAUUAAUUAUUUCUCUCAUAUAAUUUUUUUCCCAAAUACCUUGUUAAUUGCUCUGAUUUUUGCCUUAGGUUAGUUCAUGCUCUGGUUGAUAAUGGCCAUUCUAGUUGACCAUGGCCAAUCUGCUUUUAUGCUUGGCAUAAAAUUUACCUACUCAUUGGGCUGGUAAAGCCCAGCUUAAACAGAAUGCUGUAACCAAAGAUAUAAAAGUUAAAUUGUUUCCUGACCAGAUGCCCUUUUGCUGUUGUGUUCACCAGCAACACAUGUCAACUGAAGCAAACCUGGAUGCAGAGUGUGAGAGGCUGCCCAGGGAAAAUCUAACCCAUCAGUACCUGGAGAGUGCAGAACACAGGCUUGCUUCAGUUUUUUGAGAUAAUUAGGACACAAAGAACCCGAAUAUCUAAAAUACAAGCAUGUUUACAUCUUAACUGGCCCUCUGUUAGUGUGGAGCAUUAACAGCCUGGCUGCAGGGUAUGUAUAUGUUGCCUAGAGAUCUGUUCAUGGGGAAGAUGUCACUGGUGACAUCAGAAAAGCCUCUUGCUGCCCUGGUUAGAGCAGCCCCAUGUUCUUGGUCUGCCUUCUUCACUCAUGGGAGUAUAAAUAAUAAUGGUUAUGUUACAAACCCUCCUCUGGAUAAAGUGAUACCAUUGGAAUGGUGCCUUUUAGGGAAUGACUUGUCCCCAAAAUCCCACCUCAUGGCCUGGUGCUGGGGCAGCUCCUCAGACCUCCCUGGGGCAGCUCUCUCCAAAUCUCCCUGGGGCUGCUCCCCAGA